AUGGAAUCUCUACAACCAUUCUUUAAACUCCUCUUCCUCGUUGCCCUCUUCCACUUCCUCGCCUCCACACCGCCACCGUCCUCCGCCGCCGUUGCCAUCUCCGUUUCCUAUCCCAAAGAGGCCCUCCCCACCAAAUCGGGCUAUCUCGAAGUGAACUCCACCUCUGGUUCUGCCAUUUUCUACGCAUUCUAUGAAGCCCAAAAUUCCAACCACAAGACAUCACUCUCCCAAUCGCCAAUCGUCAUUUGGCUCCAAGGUGGCCCUGGUUGCUCCUCCAUGCUAGCCAACUUAUACGAACUCGGUCCGUGGCGCGUGUCUCCACAGCUCUCACUUGAAGCCAAUCCAGGUUCUUGGAAUCGAAUCUUUGGCUUGCUUUUUCUUGAUAGUCCUAUUGGAACUGGAUUUAGCAUAGCUGCUUCACCUCAAGAAAUUCCAGGAAACCAACACGAUGUUGCUAAGCACCUUAUUAUUGCAAUUAAGAAAUUUAUUGCCUUGGACAAAUCGUUCAAAACUAGGCCAAUUUUUAUUACUGGUGAGAGUUAUGCUGGAAAAUAUCUUCCAUCACUUGGAUAUUAUAUACUAAAGAAGAAUGCCCAGUUGCCUAAAGAAAAAACGGUGAAUUUGGGUGGUGUUGCUAUAGGAAAUGGAUUGACUGAUCCUGAGAUUCAAGUGGCUACUCAUGCUAUAAAUGCUUACAAUUUAGGUCUGAUCAAUAAAAAGCAAAAGGUCCUUUUGGAGAAACUUCAAUCUGAUGCUGUUGGAUUAACUAGAAAUGGUAAUUGGAGUGAGGCAACAAGUGCAAGAACUCGAGUCUUGAACACGUUGACAAAAAUGACUGGUUUAGCCACUUUAUAUGACUUCAGAAGGUUAAUUCCUUACCAAGAUGAUUUAGUGGGAGUGUUUUUGAAUAAUGUGGAAGUGAAAAAGGCACUUGGAGUCGAUGAAAACAUGGUUUACGAGGUGUGCAGCGAUGUGGUGGAUGCAGUAUUGUCCGAGGAUGUGAUGAAGAGUGUGAGGUAUAUGGUGGAGUUGUUGGUUAAGAAUACAAAAGUUUUACUGUAUCAGGGACAAUGUGAUUUGAGAGACGGUGUGGUGUCAACCGAGGCUUGGAUGAAGAAGAUGAAGUGGGAAGGUAUCACAAAGUUUUUGGAGGCCGAGAGGAAGGUUUGGAGGGUUGAUGGGAAGCUAGCUGGGUAUGUGCAGAAAUGGGCAAAUUUGAGCCAUGUCGUGGUUAUGAACGCUGGGCAUCUUGUGCCUACAGAUCAGGCUGUGAAUUCUCAAGUAAUGAUUGAAGAAUGGAUUUUAGAGAGAGGAAUUUUUGGCAGUGAAAAGAAUGAAGAAUUACCUCUCAAUUUUAGGGGAACCAUUUGA